UUUCUUGUCUCCAUACACGAAUAACGCCAUCUUGAAAUUGCACCCGCAGUUUGUUAAGUCGCUCUUACAUUAAAAAACAACAACCUCUCUCCAUUGUCGCAUCAGUGUCUGGUAUGAACGGUUCGCAAAACAAAUCGGCACCGACAGUCAGCAAAAGUCAGACGGACGCAGACACCGGUUCAGAGAAGAAAAACAGGGAUCGAAAGACAGGUGGAGGAAUGCUGAAGAAGCUGAAGUCGAGGCGCAGUCAAACGGAUAAGUGGCCUGUGGUCACAGAGGAUGAACUGCGGACUCUGGGAAGAGAUAUUACCCCGGACAAUGUCCUGGGUCUCCGGGCAGUCACGGAGGACUAUCUGUGCAAACCUGAAGACAACGUCUUCAACAUUGACUUCACACGUUUCAAAAUCAGGGAUCUGGAGACUGGAACAGUGCUGUUUGAGAUUGCCAAACCUCCUAACAGCAGUCCUGUUGAGGGUGAAGAAGAGAGUGGAGAUGUGGACAUCACUGCAGGGCGUUUUGUGCGAUAUCAGUUUACACCAGCCUUCUUAAAACUGUGCACAGUUGGUGCGACUGUGGAGUUCACAGUGGGCGACCGGCCCAUCAACAGCUUCCGUAUGAUUGAGAGGCAUUACUUCCAGGGACGCCUUCUGAAGAACUUUGACUUUGACUUUGGAUUUUGCAUUCCCGACAGCCGCAACACAUGCGAACACAUUUAUGAGUUCCCACAGCUGCCAGAUGACCUCAUUCGCCAAAUGGUGGCGCAUCCUUAUGAGACCAGAUCAGACAGUUUCUACUUUGUUGACAACAAACUCAUCAUGCACAACAAGGCAGACUAUGCCUACAAUGGUGGUCUGUAAACCCUGAACGGACAAUGUUUGCAAUACUUUUCAGGAGAUUGAUUUCCCGCAUCACAACCGGCUUUUGGGGGUACUGAAGUAUUCUCUCCUUUUUUGGGCAUUCCAACAAACUUGACAACAUUCUUCAGAACUAACAGACCAUCUGCCUUCAUACGAAAUCAAGGAUCCAUUCAUCAGUACCUCAUUGAACCCAGUUUCUUUGACUCCGGGGAAUGUUUAGUCAAAUAUUUCUGUUAAAUCUUACUGUAACCUUUUUGUUCUGUUUUUCGGGGUUUGUCAUGCGAGUAUCAUGUUUCGCCUUUAAGUUUCUUGCCGUCUCUGCUGGAAAGGGACAUUUUGAGUCAAAGACCUCAUAUGGCUAAACUAUUAGACCUUGUUAGCCAUAACAUAAUUUACUUUAGUAUAUAGAUUUUAUCAGUUGAUGUUUAUUGGAAGCAAUUUUGCAAGUGACAAUUGUUUCCCGUAAGGAAAAGCGAGCAUUAACUAGAAUUUUUACAGUAUUGUAAUUCAUAGAUUAUCAUGUAGCUUAAGUUAACAUUGUUUGAGUUUCAUUCUUUUUUAAAUAUCUAGUACCAGCUGACAUUCAUUACAGAGGUUUGUGUUAGAUAUUUAAAUUUUCGUUCUGUUUUCUAAGAAAAGUUAGACCAAUUUUAUCUUUAAUAGGACCUUUUUAUUUUGUAUUCAAGAAUAGCCUGAUCUUUUUUUCACUCUGCUAAUAUAUGUUACCGGUUUUUACAACGUAAUUGGCAGUCGCCUGGCAAUAUAGUGUUUGCUCGCGUUGCUUGCGUUAUCUUCCAUGGCUCAAAGUAUUUGAUCCUCCCCUUUAACUAAUCAAAUGUGUAAGCACACGGUUAGAGAAUGAAUGUUUCUCUUUUCAUAGAAGCCCUGCUUUAAGGACCAUGUCUGAUGAGCCAGUUCCAUUCCUCCGAUUUUUAACUUUGUAAAGACGUGAAUGAAACUCAGCAGUUGUCUGAGAGGAUUCUUAAAUGGUCGGCAUUGCUAUUAUUAUUAUCAAGAGAUUUAAUUCAUGUGAAACCACUGAAAUAGUCUAAAGGUUAUUUUCAUAUGCUACAAAAACUGUACAUUGUAACAUUAUUCCAUGUGCCUUAUUUCCAGGUAUUUUUAUUUUUGGGGGGGUUCUAUGUAAGAGCCCUGCAUCAUCCAUCUGUAUGUCUGAAGGAAAAGAGAAAACAAUAUUGCGGUUAUUGCAAUUAUGACUGUUUUGAAACUUACUCUUAUUACGCCUAUAUUUGAAAUUUGUUGAAAAGCCGUGACAAACCAUUAUGUGGACACAUUUAUAACUCCAAUAAUUGUGCUAUCAGGGAGCUGUAGCCUUCAUUCCAUGAUGCUAGAUGACCUCUUUUUUUGUUUUAAUCAUUUGGAUUAAAAGGCCGUAGGCCGACUGUUGCUUAGCAGCACAAGUGUUGUAAGAGCUAGAAAGACUGUGCAUUGCUUUGCCAUACAGUAUCAGUGGUAGUAAAAUGAGAUCUAAGAGCCUUGAGAAGUGGCUGCACUAAAAGAAUACUUGGCUGAGCAAAACAUGGAUUCAUUCUGUAACCUGUUCCUAAGACUUUUUUAUUCAUUGGCUAAUUUUAUUUUCGCAAAGUAUAUAAAACUAGUAAAUAGAAAUACAGUGAAAUCAUAAGAAAAUUAUCAGGGAUUUGGGGGCUUUUGUAUCUUCCAGCUGAAUGGUUACUAUGGCUUUGUGACUCAUGAUUUGAUUAAGUGGCCUUUUUAUAGACUUUGUAUUAGAAAUGUAAACUGGGGAAUCUAUUAUAUUCUUCAUGUUUUUGGAGAUGUUUGACUUUGUCCAAGAAUGUGACGAUUUGAAUAGAAUUACCAUGACUUCCAUUCUGAUCUGGCCUUGUUCAAAGUUUGUAUGACGACAGUGAUAAAUAAAAGCUGAGUGAAAACCUU